AACUACUUCAACUCACUUACUAAAUCAACAUGAAGUUCCUCGCUUGCUUUUUAGUGCUGUCGAUCUUCCUCUUCCUUGGUCAAACUCAGGCUCAAUGCCCGAAUGCGCCAAGAUACUACGGCUGCUCGGGUGGUUAUCAUAGCGGUCACGGUGGAUCCGGUUGCUACGGUGGCACCAGAUGGUAUUACAAUUAUGGAGCUGAUGCGUGCUACAGUUUCUACUAUAAUGGCUGUGGCGGUAACUCGAACCGUUAUUGUUCGCUAGCAGCCUGUCAAAAUAACUGCGAAUAAUAGUAAAGUGUA